CGUUGUGUAUAUAUAUAAGUAUACAUCCAGCUGCAUUUCAUAUCAUCAGCAACGAGAACUACCAAAGCCCAUCAUCAGCCAUCAUCCCAUGGAUGUCCCAUCGAAGGUAUUGCUUGCGGAUCUCGCAUCCGAGAUUGACCAUGUGCCCACUAACUACGUUCGGCCCAUCUCAGACCGACCGAACCUCCAUGAGGUCGAGACAUUGGCUGGUGCCUCCAUCCCAGUUAUUGAUCUCCAGGGAUUGCACGGCCCUGACCACUCCCAAGUUAUCCAACAGAUUGGCCUAGCUUGCGAAGAAUAUGGUUUCUUUCAGAUAAAAAACCAUGGAAUACCGGAGAGAAUGGUGAGCCGAAUGAUGGCCAUCGCGAGGGAGUUCUUCCGAUUGCCAGAGAGCGAGCGGCUGAAGAACUACUCCGACGACCCGACCAAAACCACCAGACUUUCGACCAGCUUCAAUGUCCGGACCGAGAAGGUGUCGAACUGGAGGGAUUUCUUGAGGCUACACUGCUACCCUCUCGAGCAGUACCUCGAAGAGUGGCCCACGAACCCUCCUUCAUUCAGGGAAGAAGUGGCCGAGUACUGCACUAGCAUAAGGGCAUUGGUGCUGAGGCUGCUGGAAGGAAUAUCAGAGAGCUUAGGGCUCGAGAGGGACUACAUAGGCAACAACCUGGGCGAACAUGGGCAGCACAUGGCCCUCAACUAUUACCCGCCAUGUCCACAGCCCGAGCUGACUUACGGGCUGCCCGGGCACACCGACCCUAACCUGAUCACAAUCCUCCUCCAGGACGACGUGCCUGGGCUCCAGGUUCUCAAGACCGGGAGGUGGGUCGCUGCGAACCCGAUCCCCAACACGUUCAUAGUCAACAUUGGAGAUCAGAUGCAAGUGAUUAGCAAUGAUAAGUACAAGAGCGUGCUACACAGAGCGGUGGUGAAUGACGAGAAGGAGAGGAUAUCGGUCCCCACAUUCUAUUGCCCCUCUCCCAAUGCGGUGAUUGGUCCCGCUAGGGAGCUGAUCGACGAUGAACACCCGGCCGUGUACAGAAGCUUCACGUACCAGGAAUAUUACGACCGGUUCUGGAACAGAGGGCUUGCUAAGGAAUGCUGCUUAGACCUGUUCAGGACUUCGGCGUAAUUUAAUGCGAACUCCUCAAGGUUUACAUCUUAUCGUGGCGACUUCAAUGUUGUAACAUAUGAAGAAUCAUGAGAAUAAUUCAGAGAUUGUUCAAUGCAUCUUUCCAUCACUGUCUUCACACACCGGGAAGUUAUCGUACCUUCAGCCUAUCUGUUAGUAUGAACCGGAGCAAACUGGGCUUCAGUGCCAUAUUGGCAAUGCCAUUGGGGACGUCGUUCGCCGGCUAUUACAUUACUUUCCUAUAUGAAUUGCCAAGAUUAUGUGAUUAGCCAUAAAACAUGAACAGUGAUUUGAAUGUUAAUUCGAAUUCUAUUUCCGGGGUC